AUGGACAACCGUGGGGUUCGCGGGCCCACGGCCUGCAGGACUUGCGCCAAGGCAAAAGUAAAAUGUGAUCCCGAAGCCGACGGCCCCUGCAAACGAUGCCGCCGCCUGAAUAAGGAUUGUACAGGUCAAGAACCAGGGUCCAAUCGACGUCAACGAACCACUAAUGGCAAUUCACAAGUUGCUGCCCUGGAGCAGAAAUUGGACCGCAUGGUUGCUUUGCUGGCCGCCUCGGAACGUUCCAGCAGAGAACGGCCUGAGCAGGAACCUUCGACCGCGCAAUCCUCGUCGGCUUUGCUAGACGAAGAACCUGCUACGCCCAACGAUCUGGAGGGCCAGAUCCUGAUGGAGUGGUUCGCGACUCGCAUGGUGCAUCUCUUUCCCUUUGUGGUGAUCCCAUCGCAUGUCACGUCCGACGAGCUCAGCCGGGAAAAGUCAUUCCUGUUCUUGAAUAUUGCCAUGGUCGCCUGCCAGAACGCGGCCCGGCAACGAGAACUAGUCAAUGCCGUCCAUCGAUAUGUCGCAGAACAUGUCGUGAUACGCGGAGAACACAGUUUGGAUAUCCUGCAGGGUCUCCUCGUUCAUAUGGCUUGGUUCAUUGCUGUGUCCCGUCAGCCUCGAUCUAAUGCUCCGAGAGAGCCACCGGGUUCGUCUGCCUUUGAGCAGAACUAUUACAAGAACAAAAGCACAGCACAGAUGGACUCUUUCAUCCACUUGGCCAUUGCCCAGUCAAUCAGCCUGGGAUUGAAUAAGGAGUUGGCGGCUCAAAAAUACUCGAACCAGCCCUUGGAUUAUGUGAAGGAGGCUGGUAUGGACGAUGAAAAAAGCCCCAUUCGCACACUCGAGGAGCGGCGGGCUUACCUGGGGUGUUACUAUGUGACGGUGAUAUUUUCGGCCUGCGUCAAGGACCAGGAGCCGGUUCGGUUCACGAAGUACAUUGAUGAUUGUUGUCAGAUCUUACAGCACGCCUCUGAAUAUGCCACCGAUGCUUAUCUGGUCCAUUUGAUUCGCGUGGUGCACCUGGCCGACAGAGUCUACCAUAUGACAUCCUACCAGGGAUCUGGGUCUUCCGUGGCUUUGACACCUCCACUUGGGCUCAGCAUGCACUGGUUCCAGGCAGAGCUUCAGCGUUUGAAAGGCUCUUUUUCGUGUGAUAUGCCACAUUCAGCAAUCCUCCUCUUUCAUUACAACCUCCUAGAAAUCCUCCUCUACCGCAUCUCCUUCAACGACGAAGUAUCCGACACCCAAUAUGGCGACCACCCCCUAACAAGACUGGACCUCCUCUUCCGCUGCCUGGAAUCCACCAGAUCCUUCUUCCACAACUUCUACUCCCUCCCCUCCGUCUACCUCCCCUUCUUCCCCUUCACCUACUGGUGCCAGCUCGGCCAAGCCGCCAUCACGCUCUCCCGACUCACGUUGUACGACAGCCCGGGAGGCGAAUGGGACCGAACGUACGUGCAGAGCACCAUCGACUUCGACGCGACGAUCGACAGGCUCGCACAGAAGCUCGAAGAAGCCCGCCCCUUUGCAGAACAGAAGAGUCCGGGUUCUGAUGAACUGCCGGAGAUCUUUGGCCGCAUGACGGCGCGGAUGCAGGUGGUCAAGGAGGCUCAUCGGAGACGAAAAGUCGCUCUGGAACAGUCUCCGCCGGACCCGCUUCUGGCGCCGCUGGAUUACGAUGCUAUCUUUAGUAUGCCUGUUGAUGCUUUUCUUCCUUUUGGGGAAAUCAUGGAUGUUUGGGGGGCGAUGUAA